UUUUUUUUUUUUUUAUCUCGUGUAAAUUGCUUCACUACCUGCGCAGGAGAUGACGUCUCGAUAAUGCCCCCCUCCUCCAAAAUAUCAUCGCACUCACAGCAAAAGUAGGGGCAGUGGGUGAGAGGAGAGCAUCUGGUGAUAUCCAACUGCAGGCUCGUCCACUUGCAGCAGGAGCAGAGAUGAGCCAGGGGCGAGUUGUUGACUUCCGAAAUGGGGCUCGAUCGUCUCAUUUCUUGAUGUGACGACGACCGACGCGACGUUCGCAGGAUGGCCGCGAGUGGGUGUAAAGGACGAUUUUUAUCUUUUUUGGACUACAAAACGGAAAAAUACAUAGUGGCCAAAAACAAAAAAGUUGGAAUUUUGUACAGACUUAUCCAGUUAUCUAUCAUCGGUUACAUUAUAGGGUGGGUUUUCUUAAGCAAGAAGGGCUACCAGGAGAAAGACGAGGCCAUACAGAGCACAGUUAUUACUAAACUGAAGGGGGUCUCGGUGACCAACACCACCGAGUCGGGUGUGCUGGUGUGGGGGCCGGAGGACUAUGUCAUCCCACCACAGGGUGAAGCUGUUCUUUUUGUUGUCACUAAUUUCCUAGAGACCCCCAAUCAGAAGAUUGGAUACUGUGCUGAGAGCCCCAAAGUCCUGGAUGGACACUGUCAGGAGGACGAGGAUUGUGAAGAAGGAAAGCUCGUGGUGGCUGGUCAUGGAAUCAUGAGUGGACAAUGCUUACGCAGGAGUGAAAACCCCAGUGGAACCUGUGAAAUCUUUGGCUGGUGUCCUGUUGAAAGAAAGUUCAAACCAAAAUCUCUGCUGACGAACGCGGAAAACUUCACCAUCUACAUCAAGAAUUUCAUACAGUUUCCCAAAUUCCAAUUUUCCAAGUCCAACAUUCUGGAGACAGCAGAUGUGUCCUAUCUGAAAUGCAGAUACGAUGAAAAGCUCCAUCCUUACUGCCCCAUCUUUCGCCUUGGAGACAUCACCGCACGAGCAGGAUACAACUUCAAUGACAUGGCAACAUUUGGUGGCUCCAUUGGCAUUCAGAUCCAGUGGGACUGUGACCUUGACAAAGGUUACACUGAGUGUCACCCACAGUAUCAAUUCAGUCGCCAGGACAUCACCGCCUCCAACAAGACCAUUGCAAUGGGAUUCAACUUUAGACACACUCGCUAUUAUAAAAACACAGCAGGCGAGAGUUACCGAUCCCUAUACAAAGUCUAUGGAGUCCGAUUUAACAUCAUGGUGAAUGGGAGGGCUGGAAUGUUCAAUAUUGUCCCGACAGCCAUCAGUGUCGGCUCAGGUUUAGCUUUAAUGGGCGCAGGAGUGUUCUUCUGUGACAUGAUCCUUCUCUACAUCAUGAAGAACGGCACCGCCUAUCGGGAGAGGAAGUUUGAAGGUUCCAAACAGUCAACAGCUGCUGGCAACCUCCCUGAAGUCAGACACGAGAAAACCAGUCUGGCGUCUUAGUAUUUGAACUUUGAGUUUGUAACAUAUUGUGUAUAUAUUUCAAGUGUGAGGCCUUUCAUAUUAAUAUAAAUAAGUCUUACUUUGCCCAUUCUUUCUGCGGCUGAAACACAAGAAGACAUUUAGCAAUAAAAGUAUUGUCCUGUAUUGAAAUAUUAGCAUAGGCUAUAGCCAAACACACAGUGUAACAAUAAGAGUCAUCAUUAAGCGGAGUACACCCAUAGUGAUAAUAAGUCCUGAUUUGUGCAUGUUCCUCUCCCGUUUCCAAUCAAA